AAAACAUGAUAAGUUGAUAACUGUAUAAACUUGUUACACGAAUAAAUAACCGCUUCAAUCCAAUUUAAUGCCGAUUAAAAUUUCUAGGGUUUACUUGUUUCCCCAAUUAGUUAGGUGUAAAUUCAAAUUCUUCGAAUUUCUCUACGAAAAACUUUGUUUUGCUGCAUAUUAUUCACAUAUUUCGAUCUGAUUUGCGUAAUUUUUCUUAGUAGAGGAGAUUAAUUUUUGUCCCAGAACAAGCAAGUAAAUUUCAAUGGGGAAGAGGAAAGAGAGAAGAUUAGCAGCGAAGAUUGGUGCUGGUCGCAGAGUUAAGCUCGAUCUUUUUGCUGAACCCUCUGGAGAUUUGGGUGGCUCCUCUGCGAAAGAUGAAGAUGGAAAGGAUGUGGACAGCAAACUUGAUCAGGAGUUGCCCAAUUCACCCUCUUCUUCAGGUCAACCACCAGAGAACCCUCUAUCACUGCUUGGUCAAUAUAGCGAUGACGAAUUGGAUGAUGGAUCAAAUGAAGCAGCUACUAGCUUGGAUGAUGAUAAACAGGGCGAAACCUCCGCUCACGAGCCAGUUGAAGAGGGGGAAAUUGUUGAUGUCGAAGACCAUUCCUCUCAAAAGGCUCAUAGUCCAGAUGUAGAGAAAGAUUCUGCCUCAGCAAGUGCUUCACUAACAGCAGAGGCUGAUGCUGGGAGGAGCAGUAUGAGUUUGGAUGAGAAAGAUCAUGACGUUAAGAUAGAGAAACAAGAUCAUGUGUUUGUGGCUAAUGAUACCAAAACUACCGAAUGUGCGAGUUGGAAAAUGGUGUUGCAUGAAGAGAGUAAUCGAUACUAUUACUGGAAUACAGUUACUGGAGAAACUUCAUGGGGCGUACCUGAUAGUUUGGCUCAGGAAGCUGCAUUGACCAAUGAACUUGAAACUUUGGAAAAAGAAAUGAGAGUUACUGCAGGUGGAGAUGUGAAUGCUCCAACUGCUUUUGGAGUAAACUUGGAUGAUUUUUCAGCUAGUCAAGGUGUAGGAUACACUAGUGAAAUUUCAGAUAUGAAGGUUGUAUAUGAACCAGGCGUCCUGAUGAAUCAAUCAGUUGAGCAAAGCGGAGCUGAUGGAAGUCAGUUUCUGGGGGGAUUCUCUGUGGUUGGUGCACAUCCUUAUGCAGCCAGUUAUGAGGUAUUUGAUCAGAGUGCGUUGUCUAGAGAACACGGGACAGUUGAUCUUCCUUCAGGAAUUGUGCGAAAUGGUGAAGCAUUGCUGGAGAAACUGAAGUUACUGCAAGGGUCUGUGGUUGAUUCUGUUGAGCAUAGUAGGUUAUUCAAAUAUAUGGUAGAAAUUGAGAUUCGACUUUCUGAUAUUAGGUGUCUUUUACCCUAUGGGUUGUCUUUGGUUCCUUUCUGGAUGCACUCGGAAGCACAGUUUAAUCGGCUUGAAAAUGCCAUCAACACUGAAUUUAGUAACCAGAACUAUAAAGCUAGUCUAUUGCAUUUGUCAACCGAAGGGAAGGAGACACAUUUAGAUGAAGGAGAAGCUAAAGUAAGACCAAGUAUGUCACAGCUGUCUCCUGAAGCGGUGCAUGAUGUGGAUACACCAGCAACAGUUCAGAAAGCUGUACAUGGUGAGGCCUCAGAUGAUGGCAUCUCAAAUGUUCAGCAAACGUCUCUACAAGACUCUCCUGUACAUCUGCAUUCUGGAAACAAUGAAAUUGAUGAGGCUGCAGCUCAUGAAAAAGCAAGUUCAAAUUCCGAUUUUCAGUCUACUGAAGAUGUGGACAUGGAUAUUGACAUGGAAGUUGAAGAUCAAAGCCCUGCAAGGAGAAGAAUUGUUGAUAUUGGAGGUCAAUUAGUUCAGGCUAGCGCUCCGAUGGCAGGGAUUUCCCUGACACCAGAAAGUGAUUUUAUUAUUCCACCUCCCCCGCAGGAGGAGUGGUUUCCCCCACCCCCGCCUGAAGAAGAGAUUCCUCCUCCUCCGCCUGAUGAGCCUCCCGAGUCUUUAUGUCCACCGCCACCCCCUUCUGAAACCGAACCAGUGCCAUCCAUUUAUAUUGAACAACACACUAGUACUUAUAUAGAACCCAAUGUGAACUAUUAUGGAAACACAAUUACGGAAUCAUUGGGCACUAGUUUUCAUGAGCAAGCUGAUGUAAAUCAGCUAGCUGCUCUCACUCCCUCAGCUUAUUAUAUUGCCGUAUCAAAUGCUCAGCCCACAUCUGUGGUAAAUCCUGUUGAUUCUGCAGCGUACUAUGGCAUCCCAAACGGUGCAUUGCCAGUAGUGUCUGUGCCUGCUACUGUUGGGUUGUCUAAAUUUCAGGCUUCAGAUGGCCAUCAAAAUUAUGAUCCUCUAUCUACUGAGCAGGCUGGGGUAGCUGAUCCAGUGGCAAAGGCAUCUUCUUUGUCGAAACAAUUCUUAGAUCCUCUUUCUCCUUUUGUAAAGUCUGAUAUUGCCCCAACUCAAGUUUCUUCAACUCUCGCAGCUUCUGCUUCAGCAACUGUAUCAUCUACAAAAGAAUAUGCUUCUGUUCCUUCUUACAGUGCUUCUGCGACUUCGGCUACUUCUGCUAUGAUUGCUGCGACAUCAGUCACUGUUUCUGAUGCAGCUGCAGUCUCAAAGGUGCAGUCUAAAGCUUCACGAAUGAAGAAGCCAAAGGUUGCUGUGGCUUCCUCAUUAAGGUCUAACAAGAAGGUGUCUAGUUUGGUGGACAAGUGGAAGGCUGCAAAAGAGGAAUUAGAGGAAGAGGAAGAAGAGGAGCGUGAAACUCACUUGGAAAUUCUUGAAAAGAAGAGACAACGAGAAAUAGAGGGAUGGCGUGCGCAGCAGAUUGCAAGUGGGGAGGCUAAAGAAAAUGCUAAUUUCCAACCACUUGGAGGUGACUGGCGUGAACGUGUGAAGCGCAGGAGAGCUCAGAAAGAAGCUGCUGCAGGGACAACCUCAGACGCUGCGGAUAAUGGAAACAAGCAGCCUGAUUUAAGUAAACUUUCGAGAGAUCUUCCUCCAGGGUGGCAGGCUUAUUGGGAUGACUCGUCGAGGCAGGUUUAUUACGCGAAUUCAGUCACCUCAGAGACUACGUGGACAAAACCAACGAGAUAAGAUAUAGGCUGCUAGCGGAACCAAGCUCUCAGGGUUAUAUUGUAAACGUCGUGGCUCCAUGUUAGUUGGUUAGUUGGGGGGGGUGGAGCUUAAUGUAUAUUAACGGUUUCCGCACAUGUUAAUUUAGAUUGGUAGUUAUUCCAAUUUAUUGAACAUCUCAAGGCGAUUUUUUCCGCAGCCAUAUAUUAAUGCAAAUAUACAGUAGAAGAUGAUUGUAUA